UCGGUUACCUCAAUUAUUGCUAAGCGUCUCCCCAUCCGCCCCUCAUCUCCUCCCCAUCCGCCCCCAUCUCCCUUCCUCCACCCCUCCACGGCGGCUCUCCAUUGGUAAUGGCGAUGGCGGCGUCGUGGUGGGCGCUGCUGGCGGCGGCGGCGGUUGUGGCGGCGGCGGGGUGCGGCGAGGCGGCGCCCACGGCGGCGGCGGAGGCGGCGCACGACGUGCUGCAGACCCACGGCCUCCCGCGCGGGCUGCUCCCUGCGGGGAUCGCGGCGUUCUCGCACGACCCGGCCACCGGCCGGUUCGAGGCGGUCCUGGAGUCCCCCUGCACGUCGCGCACCGAGGUCGGCCUGCGGUACAACAUCACCGUGGCGGGGCAGAUCAGCUAUGGCCGGAUCGCCGAGCUCUCCGGGGUGGACGCUCAGGACCUAUUUCUCUGGUUCGCCGUGCGCAGCAUCCGCGUGGACGUGCCCUCCUCCGGCGUCAUCUACUUCGAUGUGGGCGUGGUCUACAAGCACUUCCCGCUGUCGUUCUUCGAGGCGCCGCCGCCGUGCGUGCCCACCCCGCUCAUCCUCCUGCAACCACAUCAGAUUAGGGGCGACGGAUCGGUGGUGGAAGACGGCGCCGCGUUGCAACAAUGAUGGGACGGAUUCCAUGAUUUCAUCGUGGAGACGCAAACCAGAAAUCGCAGUUUUGAGAGGUGAUCGGCCGGCCGGCGGGCGGACGGCCGGCUAGUGUGCAGAUAGAUAGACGUGGUCAUUCAUUGUGUUUGCUACUCGUCACCUCAUCACUCUGUUCCUGUCGUCGUUCUUGUCCUCUGCGGCCAAAGUCAAUCGGCGGCCGGCGGGAGCUGCCUGCGUGUACUCCUCCGGCGUCCGGCCGACUGUCAUAUUUUUCACGGUAAUGGAUGAUGUGUAGUGUAUAUGUUAAAAGUUUUUUGUGUGA